CAGCAGCCGGUGCUACAUCAGCAGCAGCACCACCGCCUGCCCCCGCCUCCACCCCCAUUCCCCAUCCCCAUCACAUCACAUCUGCCCCACACCAACCCGAACCCUAGCCGGCCUCCCGGUCGCGGUGCCAGCCCACGGCGCGCCGCAGCGUCGGUCUCCCCCCUCCUCAGCUUCAGAGCUUCUCCCCGAGAUCGGCGGCGGAAUCUCAGGAGGGGGUGUUGGCGGAGGCGGGGCCAUGGAGCUUCAUGGCUGAGGAUGCCUGUGCUGCGUAGCGCGGCGCGGAGGGCCCGAGAGGCGCAGGGGAGUCCGGCGGCGGCGGUAGGAGCUCCGGAGGCGGCAGCACCGGCACGGGCGCCAUCGCCGGCAGACACGAGGCGGAGGGCGACGAGGGCUGCCGCGAGGGCGGAGGAGAGGGAGCGGGAGGAGAUCAGGCCCGCGGAGGUCGUCGCGGGGGAAGGCGGCGGCGACGGAGACGAGGGGGAGCGUGGGAUGGACGACCCGGACAGCGGGGCGCGCAGCGCCGACAAGUUGGUAGCCGAUGAUGAGGGCGGCCCCCCUGUCCCUGACACGGUCCAGGUGGGCAAUUCACCAAAGUAUAGAGUCGACAGAAAGCUUGGGAAAGGAGGUUUUGGCCAAGUAUAUGUUGGCCACCGCAUGUCAGCUACUGGUCCUGGUGCAGUUGAGGUGGCAUUGAAGUUUGAGCAUAAGACCAGUAAAGGAUGUAACUAUGCCCCUCCUUAUGAGUGGGCAGUCUACAAUGCCGUCGGUGGCAUUCAUGGGGUUCCUCGAGUCCACUACAAAGGACGCCAAGGGGAGUACUAUGUUAUGGUUAUGGAUAUGCUUGGACCCAGUCUAUGGGAUGUUUGGAAUAAUAACUCUCACACAAUGUCAGUUGAGAUGGUUGCUUGCAUCGCUAUUGAAGCUAUCUCCAUACUUGAGAAAAUGCAUUCAAAAGGGUAUGUUCAUGGGGAUGUCAAACCAGAAAAUUUCUUGCUAGGGACUCCAGGGACACCUGAAGAAAAGAAACUCUUCCUUGUUGAUCUUGGAUUAGCUACGAAGUGGAAGGACAGUGCGACGGGACUCCAUGUUGAUUAUGAUCAGCGACCUGAUGUUUUCAGGGGAACAGUUCGCUAUGCUAGUGUUCAUGCACAUCUUGGGAGAAUAGGUAGCAGGAGAGAUGAUUUAGAAUCUCUAGCAUAUACACUAGUCUUUCUUCUACGAGGACGUCUACCUUGGCAAGGUUAUCAGGGUGAAAACAAAGGCUUCCUUGUCUGCAAGAAGAAAAUGGCCACAUCUCCAGAAUCUCUCUGUUGCUUCUGCCCACAGCCCUUCAGGGAGUUUGUAGAGUAUGUGGUCAACUUGAAGUUUGACGAGGAACCCAACUAUGCAAAGUGUGUGUCGCUUUUUGAUAGUGUAGUGGGCCCAAACCCAGAUAUCAGGCCAAUUAACACUGAUGGUGCUCAGAAGCUUAUACAUCAAGUUGGCCAAAAGAGAGGCCGCUUAUUGAUAGAGGAAGAGGCAGAUGAACAACCAAAGAAGAAGAUCAGGAUGGGAAUGCCCGCAACACAGUGGAUAAGUGUUUAUAAUGCUAGGCGGCCUAUGAAACAAAGGUACCACUACAAUGUUGCAGAUUCAAGGCUUGUACAGCAUAUUGAAAAAGGGAAUGAAGAUGGUCUCUUUAUCAGUUGCAUAACAUCUUGCUCCAAUCUCUGGGCUCUAAUCAUGGAUGCUGGCACUGGGUUCAGUUCUCAAGUUUAUGAGCUUACACCACAUUUCCUUCACAAAGAAUGGAUAAUGGACCAGUGGGAGAGGAACUACUAUAUAACUGCACUUGCUGGAGCAAACAAUGGCAGCUCCCUGGUAGUGAUGUCUAAAGGCACAACGUAUACACAACAGUCUUACAAAGUUAGUGAUACUUUUCCCUACAAAUGGAUAAACAAGAAAUGGCGAGAUGGUUUCUAUGUUACUUCCAUGGCAACUGCUGGAAGUAGAUGGGCAGUUGUCAUGUCUCGUAAUGCAGGGUUUUCUGAUCAGGUUGUUGAACUGGACUUCUUGUAUCCCAGUGAGGGAAUUCAUAAGAGGUGGGACAAUGGUUACCGGAUAACCGCGACUGCUGCAACUUGGGAUCAGGCUGCAUUUGUUUUAAGUGUGCCAAGGAGACGGCCUACUGAUGAAACCCAAGAGACAUUGAGGACGUCUGCGUUUCCUAGUCAACAUGUUAAGGAGAAAUGGUCCAAGAAUCUCUACCUAGCAUCAGUAUGCUAUGGGCGUACUGUAUCCUAGUAAUCUUUUCAUGCGGUUUGGAGCCAUUUUGUGCUGAGUCCUGUCGGCAUCAUCUUUUGGUCUAGCUAGCUCAGCGUAGCAGCUCCUAUGUGCGGGCUAGUUCUGAAGGCGACUCAACCUUACCCUGACCGUUGUGUUGCGAAGGCGUCUGGUCAUUGUUCCUGAUUAUAGACUAGCAUGUACAGUAGUAAAUGUUUUUUAGUUCGUGUUAAUUGUUAAUUUAGCCAACUAUUAGCUGUAGUGUAAGGCUUUGCCAGAUAUGUACGCCUGACCAGUAUGAUUGAAUGUAGUUAUUUCAGGAACUCAAAAAGGUUCCUGCCAUACUCUUA